CACCGGUAAGACUCUUUAUGUCCAGGGGCCAUGUCCACAAUCGAUACCUCAGUCUGGUUCAAGUCAGAAAUUGGCCCCCGACUGAAGCCCAGCAUCAAAUUAAUCUUUCGCCAAUGGAGCGGACUAACGGACGAAGAAUUGACACCGCAUCUACAUCGCAUCCGCGAUCAAGCAUGGCCGCUAGGUGAAUACCCAUGCAUUGGCCUAUGGAUGUUUCUCCUACCAGGAAUAGCAGCUUUCCCCCGAUUCCAGGCUAUCCUGGAAACCGCCAAGCGGCCUCAAGCCGCCAUCCUCGAUUUGGGAUGUGGACUCGGUCAGGAUCUGCGUUUACUCGCUACGCACGGAGUUUCCACAGAGCGUAUGUGGGCGCUGGAUCGCGAGGCCCACCUUUGGGGGCUAGGUUAUGAGCUCUUUCGUGACCAUUCUCGUAUGCGGGCCACAUUCAUUCACGCUGACUUCCUACAGGGGAGUAUCGAGGAUGAGCGGUUUGAGCUGCUGCGUGGCCAGGUGGAUUUGGUGCUGGCUUCUCAGUUUUUGCAUUUGUUUGACUGGGACAGCCAGUUGGCGGCCUGUAAGAAGAUUGUUGGUCUUUCUAAGCCUGGGACUAUGUUGGUGGGGUUUCAGCAGGGGCGUAAAAGAGCCCGCGCAUAUAUUCGUCCUUGGGGGAUGAUGUUUUAUCAUAAUCGGGAUUCGUUCUUGAGGCUCUGGGAGCUGGUUCAGCAGCAGACGGAGACGCAGUGGACGAUUGAUGUUAGUGAGGUUCCGCUGCAGGAUUGGGGUAUGCAGGAUGAGGAUUUGGAAUGGAUGCCCGAGGAUCAUACGGGUGUUAACUUUGUAAUUAUCCGAGUGUCUUGACUCUACUUGAUCUACAUUGAUCUACAU